AUGCCAGCUUUUGUAGUUGCUUCAUCUCUCCAAUGAGGGAACUUAAAGCUUGAAGUUUUGCAAAAGAAGGUGCACUGGUAUCUCGGAGUCACCUUUGACAGCCUGCCCACCUGACUUCACAAGGCUCCCCUCUGUAAGCCCUCCAUACAAACAUAAUGGCAGACCCAUGGCAAAAUGCAUAUGAUUUUGCUGUUCAAGUGGCAAGAGCAGCUGGAGCAGUAAUCAGGAAAGCCGCGGAUGAUGAAAUAAAGGUUUCAACAAAGAGCACCACCGUAGACCUCGUCACUCAGACUGACGAGAGGGUGGAGAAAAUCAUCAUCGGCUCUCUUAAAGAAGAAUUUGGAGAUGCACACUGCUUCAUCGGUGAGGAGUCUGUGGCAAAGGGGGAGCCUUGUAUCUUAACUGAUAAACCAACAUGGAUCAUAGACCCUGUGGACGGCACCACAAACUUUGUGCAUGGAUUCCCCUUCGUGGCUGUGUCUAUUGCCUUUGCUGUCAAAAAAAAGUUGGAGUUUGGUGUGAUCUACAGCUGCUUGGAGGACAAGAUGUAUAAAGCAAGGAAGGGGCAGGGAGCUUUCUGCGAUGAUGAGCCGAUUCAGGUGUCUGAUGUAAAAGAUAUCCACAAGUCCAUUAUCAUCUCUGAGCAUGGGACUGACAGGAGCAAAGAAAAAGUAACCAAGAUCUUCAACACCAUGCAGAAGAUUCUCUGCAUCCCAGUGCAUGGGCUCCGUGGGUCAGGGACAGCUGCCACCAACAUGUGUCUGGUGGCGAUCGGAGCAGUGGAGGCCUUCUUUGAGAUUGGGAUCCACUGCUGGGACAUCGCUGCUGGAGCGGUUAUAGUCAAAGAAGCUGGAGGAAUACUACUGGAUGUCGAUGGGGGAGAGUUCGAUUUGAUGUCUCGAAGGAUGGUUUCAGCAAACAACGAAGUUAUUGCGAAGCGGAUCAUCAAGGAAAUUGAAAUAUUCCCAGCGGAGAGGGACGACGCUCCAGUGCAGAAGAAAUGAGAAUAUCCAAGUGCAUUUCAAAAUGAGUGCAAGAGGAACAAGUUCCAGUCUUUCACUGUAUGUCAUGAAUAAAGUUGCUGUGCUGUAAUCACCA